AUGCCACGAUCACCUCCCUCGUCGGUGGCCGCUGCCGGCCCCACCAUUGGCGACAGCCGCCGCCUCUCUUCUGUAAACGACGGCGAUCUUGGCCUCUUUGGCCUCUCCUCGCCGUCCCCGCCUCAUUCGACCGAGACGUUCAGCCUCCCAAGCUCGUCGUCGCCAGUGGUCCAUCCUACCAAGCUGUCUGCGCCCGCGAGACCCUCAUCGUCACGACCUGGCAGUGCAUCCUCUACCGGCGCAGGGUCUCGCCGCCUAUCCACCCGCCUCGGCCAGCUCCAGGGCAACGGCAGCGCGACCAGCCUCCACACCAGCUACUAUUCGGCAGAGGAGAGCGCCGGAUUCUCCCCCAACGCAUCGGCCGCUGAAGACAGCCCGGCGCAGCAAAAGGCAGAAAUCGGACCCGCACCCGGCAGCACCCUCUCGAGGGAGCCGCUCAGUAUCGACUCUGGCAAUUCUCGGCCCGGCUCGGCAUCGAAACGGCAGGCGAUGAGCAUCGCCGAAGAGACCGAGCUCAACCCACCACUGCCGCCCGCCUCGCCCAGAGGCAGCCGGCCCCGCGCCAAGAAGGCCUCAUCAUCGUCCAGGUCUCGCAUGCACCUACCGCCGCCCGAGGAGAGGCUGCCGGUUGGCGCUGGCGGCCCUUCUGCCCCGCCUCGGUCAGCUUCGGUCCGCUCCUUUGGGAGGAGAUCCAGCAUCGGGGGUGGGAGCAACCAGGGCCACGGCGACCUGGGCAGCGGCCUGAUGCCGGGCAUCCGUUCGCAGAUGUCCAUGGUCGGAUCGCCGGUGCUACCCACAACCUCUCCCUCGCUUGGCGGUGCUACCGAGCUCGAACCUUCGCCGCGCCCUUCAUUCUCGAGCGCCGGGCGGUCGCUCCCCGACCGGAGCGCCUCGCUGCCCGCCUCGUCGAGCGCAUCCAGCCGGGUGGCCUCUCCCACCAGCCCGCAGGCUCACGUUCCCACGACGGCGCGAGGUCCAUCCGCGGCGCAGCAGAUUGUUGGUGGUGGAGUGACCGAGGCUGCGGCGCUACCAGAGGAGCCGACCCUGGACCGCGAGGCGAUGCAGAGAUGGGUGUUGUCGGUGGGGUGCGUCACCUUUGACCUGGAGCUCGGGCCCGAUCUCGAGUUCCUCUACCCGCCGCUCGGCAUCAGCCGGGAGGAGCGCGACAACAUCGCCUUCUCGUCGUUCCCGGACACGUCGAUCUUUGACGACGGCUCUUCGGUCUUCUCCUGGAGGGUGCGGGAAGUGCCUCUGGAUUCAUCGCAGUCGGAACCGCCGACGAUCCGCGGGCUCUCGGGCACGAUCGGAAAGCAGGCCUCCGCAGCUGCCGCUGCUGCUGCGCUCGACGACAAGACGCCACGGCCCUCGAUCACGCGCACUCUGAGCCAAUCAACGAUGCAGAGCCGCGGCCCCAACGCCGAGGCCGCAUCGACGCCGACAUCUCCGCUGGCCUCGAACGGCUCGCGCGGCAAAGACGCCCUUUCCCCAACGAUGGCCGGCGGCAAGGGCAUCGCGCGGCAUGCGUCUGACGCUAAUCUGCAGGCAUCGUCGUCGGGCGCGACCUCGUCGUUCCGCGAGACCCUUACCAGCCGCCUCUUUCCCAACCACGGCAACGGCGGUCACAGCAGCGGCUCCUCGACGAGCUCGACGUCGCGCUUCAGCCGGCACGAGCGCAAGGCCAGCGCCAGCUCGACUGGCUCGACGACGUCUGCCGACGACGAGCCGGACCUGGCUUCGCAGGUGGCCGCCCUGCAGACCGGCGAGAUCAGCAUGGUCGCGUCUAGCGGCGGCUCAAAGGCGGCCGACGCUCUGCUGCCCAAGCGCACCGGUACCAGUACGUCGAGCAGCUACAUCUACGGCUACGUCUUCUUCCGGCAGAAGCGCGACCCGACCAGCCGCAGGGGCUACUUCCAGAAGUCGGUCGUCAUCCUCUCGCACCUGCCGUUCGUCGGUCUGUUCAGCGAGGUGGUGUCGCGGCUCGGCCCGCUCUACUUUGAGCACGGCAUGGCCAUGUUUGAGGCGUUCGCCAAUGACAUCAUCAGCUGGCCCUCGCCGCAGCCGGGCUCGGUGCUGACGCUGCCCUUGCUCGGAUCGAUCCUGACGGCAGCGAUCCCGUUCGGGCAGCAGGCGCAGAACUCGCCCAACGCCGAACUCUACGCGCCCUCGCCCGCCUCGCCGCUCAGCCUGCGGAACACGGCGACAAUGACGAUCCGAUCGCGCUCCCGGUCCCAGCAGGGCAACCGCGAGCUGCCGGAGCCCCUGAUCGGUCCCGGCGGGCCUCUGCUAGCCUCGAUCCCCGGCACCUCGCUCUUCGACACGUUCAAGGAAGGGCUCGCCGACCUUUGGCUGCUGUGGGAGUGCGUGCUGCUUGCCGAGCCGAUUCUCGUCAUCGGUCCGGACCCCAAGGUGGUCAGUGAGGCCGUCUGGCACAUGCUCGAUCUUAUCCGGCCGAUCCCGUACGCCGGCGACUUCCGCCCUUACUUCCACAUCCACGACUACGACUUCCGCACGCUGGUGACCAAGAACAAGCCUCAGGCGGGCACCCUGAUUGGCGCGACGAAUCCCUUUCUGGCCACCGCCUGCUCCCACUGGCCGCAUUUGCUGCGGGUGGGCAAGGCGGCGGUCAAGGUCGGCAGCGGCUUCAAACACGGUUCGGCUCCUCCGACAGGCUCGGGCACCCGCAAGGUGGGCGGGGGCCACGGCGCCGGCGGAGGCGGCCCGGACCACGUUCCGGGCUUCAUCACCAAGCGGAAGCGGCGCGUCAGCAAGGACCGGGUGCUGCUCAAGCGCCUGCUCGACCUCGCCUCUUCGUCGCAGCCGUCGUCGGCCGAGAGGAAGGAGGGCAACGUGGCGAUGCGGAGGUACUUUGCCGACCUCACCGAGCGCUUCCUGGCGCCGCUCAACCGCUACGUCGCCAGCCUGGUGCCCGCCACGUUUGACCUCGGCAGCCCGAGCGAGGCGCCCAAGAUCCGGCCCUUUAACACCACCGCCUUUCUGGCCAGCCUCAAGGCCCACGGCACCCCCAUCCCGCUGCGCAGCCGGAGCCUGCCGACGGGGGCCAACAUCCGGAUUGGCCUCUACCUCGACUUUCUCAAAUGCCCCAACUUUUCGCUCUGGCUUCACUCGCGCGUGGCGGCGGCCGAGGAAGAGCAAAGGCGCCGCUACAUUGCCGCGCUGGUGCAGGGCGACGUGACGACGUUUGGCAACACCAAGGGCGAGAUCGAGACGAUUGACCUGUACAGCCGCAUCGUCGAGGAGAUUCGCCUCGUGGAUGUGCAACUCACCGCGCCCACUGAACCCGGUCCGGGAUCGAGGUGGCGAACCGAUACGCCCACGACCUCGCCCUCUUCGACGGUCGACAGCGCCGCGCCGUCGCGAGACCACCACAGAGGUGCGACCCACUCUAGCGCCGCAGCAGCGGCGACCGGUUCCAACUCGUCUGGCCGUUCGACGCCCACCGCGGCAUCGUCGUCGUCGGCGACGAGCUGGCCCACGACGGAAAAGCGGCUGGUGGAACAGAAGCGACGCCUCCUCGACCAGCUCGACCGCCUCUGCGAGACGCUGCCCGACGACCUCAAGACUAGCCUCAAGAGACCUGCGUAG